AUGCGGUGGGACACCCCCGGAGCGGAGGGAAGCCCAGCCGGAGCGCUCCGGGUUGACAGCAGGACCCGCCCCGCGCCUGCGCCUUGCCCGCGCGCCCGUGGAAGACUGCCGCCAGGGGGCGCGCACGCCCGGCGCGGCCGCUCCGUCUCCCCGCCCGCUCCCGCCCUCGCUGCCCGCGAGCAGAGAAGGCGGAAGUCGGGCGGCUGGGACUCGGGCUCCGCGGCCCAGGGACGCGGCGGCGGCGGCGGCCUUGGGGCCGGGAGAUUGGCGUCCUGGCCGCCUCGGCUCGCAGCGCGGAGCGCAUGCUCUCCCGGCGCCUCGGCUGAGCGAGUCGUGCGGCCGGUGGAGUCGGCGGCCAGCGGACGAGAGCGAGCAACCAAUAAACACGUUACUAUGAGUCUGCUAAACUGUGAAAAUAGCUGUGGAUCCAGCCAGACUGAAAGUGACUGCUGUGCAGCCAUGGCCAGCUCCUGUAGUGCUGCGGCAAAAGACGACAGCGUGAGUGGAACUGCCAGCACGGGGAAUCUCUCCAGCUCUUUCAUGGAAGAUAUCCAGGGAUAUGAUGUGGAGUUUGACCCACCCCUGGAGAGCAAGUAUGAAUGUCCCAUCUGCUUGAUGGCGCUGCGGGAAGCAGUGCAAACACCGUGCGGCCAUAGGUUCUGCAAAGCCUGCAUCAUCAAGUCAAUAAGGUACGUGAGCGGCAGAGAACCCAGUCCCCUGACAGAACCAAGUACAGAGAACAUCGUCACGUAGAACACAGGACAUCCCAAGAUGAGUCUUAUACGUAAAAAGCUACUUAGGGAAAAGGAACGCUGGACAGAAAAUUAAGAAAUUUACAUUUUUAUCCCAAUUCCUACUGUGGCAUGAAAGGUAAUUUCUGUCUCCUCCCUAGUCUGACCCUUGGAUAAAUAAAUAAGUAAAUAAGUAGCUACUUAAAGCAGUUCUGUUACUGUUGCAGACUAGAGUGUGUCUCUGUGCUUUAAGAAAAUAGUAUAAAAUAAAUGUACCUUAAAUGAGGAGCCUCCUCGAAUUCAAUAAUCUCAGCCAUACAGAGAAGGGUGACUCUGUAAGUGACCAGUUGU